GGACCCUAUCACACCUGCAAUCGCGUGAAACCUUCCCGUCUAAAUUUAACAUAAAACCACUUUGGUCUUCUUUUGGGUUUUAAUUCUUCCACUUUACAUCGGUUACCUACCACAACAUCCUUUACGAGCAAAUAAGAAGGAAACGAACCAAUAAAAUCUCGGGCUUUUACGGCUUCAUACUGUCUCUCCCUCACUCGGACACAGACGGACACAGACGGCCGCUCGUAUUCCCACCACCAUAUUCUACGUCUACGUCUACAUCGUGCCCAUCGUCGACCUUCAGCCUCGCGAUACUUUCUCUCUCUCUCUAUUUGAUAGAUCCCGUCUACGCGAAAUAUAUAUAAAAAAACAUAACCGGAAUACGACUCGUUGUUAUCGGAUAUACCUACCUAAUCUAGUAGAAAGCUAUUAGGUACGACACCUAAAAUAGAUACCUGAACGACACGGAAACGCCGCGGUCGGGCCCGGAAUACAUAUAUAUCAGCCGCGAUGGGUCUUGCGUACAACACGUAUCUUGAUAGCAACAGGAUAUAUGGCUGCAAGAACUGCAAAGCCCAUCUUGCUAACCACGAGGAGAUCAUAAGUCGGAACUUCCGCGGGCAGCACGGCAAGGCAUACCUGUUCAAUACCGUGGUCAACGUCGACGCCGGGGAACCCUCGGAGCGCAGCAUGACGACGGGCCGCCACAUCGUGCGCGACAUCUCGUGCCGCCAGUGCAAGGAGACUGUCGGCUGGAAAUACGACCGCGCAUACGAGUCCAGCGAGAAGUACAAGGAGGGCAAGUUCAUCCUCGAGGCCGAGCUCCUGUGCAAUGUCAGCUAGACGAAAUUAGGCGACCCCCCUCCCCUCUCUUGCCUACCCGGUCGAUACGGUCCGAAUAACACUUCGACUACCCGAGGUAGCGAGUUGGUGGAAAGGAGGGAUGGGGAGUAAGUAGUACGUGGGUGGUGAGUGAGUGGUAUAGACGAGCAGAAGACGCCCGGUGAAAGCAGCUCAUGCGGAAUAGAAAGAUAUGGCAUGGAAGGGGUUCUUUUAUUUUUAUUUUAUACGAGACGGAACGCAACGCAACAAGACACGACAUGACACGACACGACACAGGUUUUUUUUAUAGCAUAGAGUAUGCAUUAGCUGGGCGUUUUUUAUGGAUUGAUUCAUAUUAUUUUUCUCUUUUGGUUAUCGUGGGUGGAGUCUGGUCUACUUGGUGCUUGGUGCUUCCGGACAGGUAAUUAGUUGGAGGCGCCUCUCACGAACUCAGAAUGCGCAGACACGUGUGAGAGUUGUCUCCAUCUCUCUGUCUCCUGGGUCCGGAUGUUCCCCCCCUCCUAGACUACGUUACGAAGCUUCCUUGAUGAGGUGUUAUACAGCGUUGAUAGAAUAAAUCGUUACUUGUUCUCACGCCUUAGAAUGACGAGGUCUUGUCCCUAUGGAAGAGAAUUGAGGCAUAUCAAAUGUUUAUGUGAUGAAUGUAGUAUUAUAAAACACUCCCAGAGGGCCUAACGAUGCCACCUAAAUCCUAAUUUAUAAGAAAAAC